AUGGAUUCAGGAACUGAAUGGCUAUGUGAAAUUUUACAAAACGUGCAACUUGAGCAGUUCUAUUUGCCAAUUAGAGAUCAGUUGCAGAUUACAAGACUUGCACAUUUCGACUAUGUGCAUGCAGAUGAUCUUGAAAAAAUUGGUAUCAGUAAGCCUGGAGUCCGCAGGUUAUUUGAUGCUGUAAGAAAAAAGAAACUUCAGCUUUGGAAUAGAAAGUUUUGGAAUAAGCUUUUUGGAUCGUCAAAUUCAGUAACUCGGGAAAAAACAGACUUGUCCAUUAGGCAACCACCUCAGACAGAAACCAGAACUACAACUUGUAUUAUUUUAGAAAAAGAUAUUGUAUUGCUAAAUGAGUUGGGCAAUGGAUCCUUUGGUGUGGUAAAAAGAGGGGAAUGGAGAGUGUCAGACCAACCAAAUCAAAUGGUGCCUGUGGCAGUAAAAGUUCUUAAGGCUGAUGCCUUCUCCCAACCAGGAAUCUACGAUGAUUUCAGGAGAGAAGUAGAAGCGAUGCAUAGCUUGAAACAUACUAACUUAAUAAAAUUACAUGGAGUUGUAUUCCACCCUCUUAUGAUGGUGUGCGAGUUGGCAAAUAUGGGAGCAUUAUUAGAUUACAUCAGAGCCCAAAAUGGUAAAGUGUCUUUAAAUUACAUAGCAAAGUGGUCUAGUCAAGUGGCAGCUGGAAUGGCUUAUCUGGAAAAGUCAAGAUUUUUACACAGGGACCUAGCUUGCAGAAAUAUACUUUUGUCCAGCUUAGAUUUGGUAAAAAUCGGUGAUUUUGGGUUAAUGAGAGCAUUACCCGAUGCUGAUGAUUGUUAUGUAAUGAGUGAAAGGAGAAGGGUUCCCUUUCCUUGGUGUGCCCCAGAAUCGUUACGCUCUCGCCAGUUUUCUCAUGCAUCUGAUGUAUGGAUGUUUGCUGUUGCUCUUUGGGAGAUGUAUUCAUUUGGUGAAGAACCUUGGAUGGGCUUAAACGGUUCUGAGAUACUCAGGCUUAUAAUGCGUGAGGGUCAGCGUUUAUCAGCGCCCGCUGCUUGUCCGCCUGACGUGUACAUGCUGAUGAUGCAGUGCUGGGACCUCAAUCCCAAAGAAAGGCCCACAUUUGCUGGCAUUCAACGCUAUAUAGACACAAAUAAAUUUGAAACUGCAAUCUCCGCUUUAAGUUACCGUAAACAGGGCCAAAUGACUAUAGAGGCUGGUGAUGCAAUUAUUUUAAUUGACAAACGACCAGAGUUGCAUUGGUGGAAAGGACAGAACCAACGGACGCUAGAAGUGGGACUCCUGCCAAGUACACUUGUGAGCACUGCAAAAAGCAAAAUCGUGCAGUCAGCGAAAAAAACACAAUCUAGUUCACCAUUGAAAAAAGCCGCAGUUCCACCGUCGACGUCUGCUUCCCCGACCGACAUCGCGUCGGACGACGGCUCCGUGGCGCUCCGCAAGCGUCGCACAAUAGAGUCGACCCAGCCACCGACCACGCGCACCGGCAACAGCGGCAGCAAACACUUCAACUACAACAAGCUGGUGAACGACCGCGCCGCCACCUUGGGGCCGCAGCGCCACUCAAGGGAGGCGCGCGACGCCCACUCGAAGAGCCUGAACCAGGUGAGAGAGGAUUUGUUGAUAGACUUGGACUUGCCACCGUGCACAAAACUAAAUUCUCCAAACAAGAAACCAACAAACGACAGCGCCGUGUCCAUACUAGAUGAACCAAUUGACGUUCCUGAAAUUUGUGCGGAGCCAGAUUGGGGUCAGCCUAGUAUAGAAAGCCUGCCGACCUAUAGUUCAAACUCUCAGAACUAUCCCAACCUAUAUGGUACCAAGUCAUUAGACAAUCUCAAUGGUCCUUCUUCAAGUCACAACAGCCAGAGGCUCCCCGGCCAUUCAGAUCCGUUUGAAUCGGGGCAGGCCUGGGCAUCAUAUCAGGACAUCCCCAGCAGACCGAGUCAAGAGGGACAACGGACCAUCUACAGCCACUCCUCUAACCGAAUCAACAAUGAAUCUCAAAUAUACUCGAAUAACGAGUUCCUUCAAACCGGCACUACUGACACCUCACAACCGUCGAACAACCUAUCGACGGUUAGCAGAAGCAGCUACUCGAAUAACAUGCCAUACGGGACACUUUUGAACAACACUAACACCAACACUCAACCUCACUGCAGCGAUAUUACCUAUUCGACUAAUGAAACGAUUAGUGCGCGACUGACGCAAAUGUCGCUCGACGACCGGAUAUCUGAAUCGCUGAAUCUCAGAUCGAAGAACACGAACAGCGAGGGCGUCUACGCCAACAGUAACUUCUACAACGGGACACCGUCUACGUCCAAGCAACGGAACGAGUUGCCCACCGAACCGAGCUACGGGGAGCCCCUCUACGAUAACUACGAGGCGGGCGCCGCUCAACAUCAGUAUCUGCUCGAGACGACAGACUACUACACGAAACUCUCCACCGCCGAAGCCACGAACGAGAGCCGCUACGAGAAGAACAUCUACGUGCCGAAGCGCGAGGAGGAGGGGAAGCUACGUGAAUUCAGCGACGCCGUGGCCAACUCGAAGAACUACGCCGCGCUCAAGUAUCAGAACGUUGACUACGGUGCGUACGCGGACGGCUACGGCUACGGAUCCGUAGCGGAGCGCGGCGCCUACGACGUAGUAGCGGAUUCGGACAACGUGUACAGCGAGAUUGGGGUAGGACGCGACGCGUACGCUACGUAUGCGAAUGCGUGUCUCUACGACGAAGUGUACGAAGAGGUCCCAAGGCCGCACAGACCCGCGCCGCCCUGCCCCUCUAGGCCCAAA